AUGACCCUGCAGUCACCGGCACCUUUAAUCCAACGCUGUGUGGUGGUCACCCGUCAAGCGGAUGGCUAUGGCCUGACCGUGACGGGCGAUCACCCAGUCUACGUGCACACUGUGAAACCAGAUGGAGCUGCGUUCCGUGCUGGUGUUCGUCAAGGUGAUAAAAUACUGAAAGUGAACGGCAUGCCCGUCACUGCGUCGAAUCAUCUCGAGGUGGUUCGCAUGAUAUCAGGAGGUCAAACAGUUGCUCUAACAUUGCUUGGCAAGCCUCCUGAGCCACUACAAACCGAUUAUCGCUCUCUUGUGGAAAUGCGACCGCAGGAAAAUAAAGCGCUUAUUUCGGAAGUGAUUCCUCUUGAAGGCGAGAGAAAAGAAGAAUGGAAACGCAAACGGGUGCGAAUUAUCAGUGAAAUGCUAGAAGAAGAGCGACGACACGUCGAGGCAAGUUUACGCCCUUCAGAAACGAGACGAAUCGAUAGCACUCUUCAUUCGAUCCCUCCCCAUAUUUCUACUCGGUUUUGGUGUUCACUUAGUUUCGGUCUUCGUGAAACUUGCGUCGAAGGUUCUCAAUUGGAGCGAGCUCUGCAGCGAAUAGAAAGCUUGCAGUCUCAGCUGAAAAACAUCGAAACACCUCAGGAUAAGCCGUGGAUGGAGGCAAGUGGUAUGCAUUAUAUGCAAACGACGGAUAUUAUUCCGAUGGAAGAGGAAACUGAUGAUGAUGAAUCUGAAAUCCCUCUUCCGCUCGAAACUCAGGGACCAUUUUCAAACAUAGCGGACCUCAAAACGCGUCCAGCACAUUUGGCUGCUUUUAUUAAUUAUUUGUUGGUGAAUGCGAAUCCCAGUAGCUUGGUGCUUGCAACGACCAUUCAAUCAACCGAGUCGGAUUUGCAUCAACUGAAAAAGAUUUUUGUUGCAGCGAGGAAGAAAUCACUCGAUGACAUUAAUGAACAUCUUGCUGAUUUUAGACAAAAAAGACAAAUGGGUUUGGGUAGUUUGUUUGAUGCGAAUCAAUUGGCACACAUCAGUAAAGGUGAUGCAGCUAUGGAGUUGCGUGUUGGUGAAACGAUUCUGAUUCGCUCACUCGAGAAUAUGCUCAAUUCGGUGAAUCAAGAUGUUGAGAACUGUGAUCCACGCUCUCUCGCUGUUAUCUCAGCUUUAGCGACUGUCAUUAAGGUGGUGCUUAAUAUGCGUUCAAAUACGAAUGAAAAAAUACUGGAUCGAUGUCCAACAUUCGUCACAAAAGAUAAAGGUGGUAUGUUCAAAGUGAAGAUGACGUCGAAACGUUCAAUUCAAGUCAAAGGGCACCAGUUCCUACUUAGUCCAGUGAAUUUAACCGUUUAUUGCUAUCAGUGUCGCGAUGCUGUUUGGGGUGUUAACGCUCAGGCUUACUUCUGUCAGAAUUGUGACGUGGUGGUACAUAAACAGUGCACAUCGGCAUUAGCUGAUCAUUGCUAUCCAGCCACCCAAAAGAAGGUUGCAGCAAGCAAAACAAAAAGGCCAGGUUCAUCAAGCAGAUGUGACGCUGAUGAAGCAUGCUCUUCUGAAUGUCAUGUUGCACACUCAUCCACUACUAUUUUGGGAAGCCUUGAUAAGACGCCUGAUAUUCACCGACUGGAGCAUCCGAAAGAUAACGUGAAAUCGACUUCAUCAGACUCUGGAAUAGGUGCAGAGCUCGAGAAACCUGUUUCUCGUUCACAGAGUAUGCGCUCACGAGAGGAAGAGAUACGGAGUACGAGGAAAGUACGACAAACUUUACCGUGGACAGGGGAAUUAUCAGCGCCUGAGGAAGGCGAUGAGCGUUCUCGACGAACAUUAAGUGAUGCUGAUAGUGAAGACAAACUGCUAGCUGCAUCCAUUUCUCGAACUCCUGCUGAUCUCGCUUCCAUAUCAGGAAGUUCAUCGAUGUCACAUGCCUCACUGGGAGAGGAAGAAAGUCGUCGGAUGCUAGAAAAAAUCGAAAAAGCGGCCGUUGCCGAUGGUGACAGUGAUCUCGAGGUGGAAACUGAAAUUCCUUCACUGGAUUCGUUCGUUGGCUGGGAAGUGAUAAGGCAUUUGAAACCAAAGGAGAAGAAGCGACAAGAAGUUAUUAAUGAACUCUUCCACACGGAACGUACUCACGUGCGAAACCUGAAGAUCCUUUAUACAGUCUUCUAUAAACCGAUGGUCAUGCAAAAUGUUGUGCCUCCUGACGUUGUGAAGUUAUUUUUUGCAAAUCUUGAUGAAUUGGUCGAAAUCCAUGGGGACAUGUCGAGGAAAAUGCAGGAAGCAGUUGAAGAGUGGAAACGAGACAGCACCCUGAAUGGUUUAUUCGGUGAGAUCGGUGCAUUGAUGGAGUCGAUGUUCGAUGAUGAGAACGGCAAACGGUUGAUGAAUGCAACGUCAGCAUUUUGUCAACAUCAGCAGCAUGCGCUUGACAUCUUGCGUCAACGAUGUAAAAAAGAGAAAGAUGAUCAGUUGGGAAGAUUUCUGGCUGAAGCUGAGAGUAAUCCACUUUGUCGAAAGUUGCAACUGAAAGAUAUGUUACCCGUUGAAAUGCAAAGACUCGUCAAAUAUCCGUUGCUACUUGAAACGGUAGCCAAGUACACAAAUGAACCGUCUGAUGAACAAACCAAAUUAUUAAAUAGUGUGAAUCUGGCAAAGAAAAUUCUUUCCGCUGUAAAUACGUCGAAAAGGAACACAGAAAAUCUAAGAAGGCUAGAAGAGUUGCAAAGGAGACUCGACACUGCUCCAUAUGACAAAGAGAACUUUGGCAACGACUUCAAUAGUCUUAAUCUUACCAACUACAAGCUUGUUCACGAUGGUGCAUUAACGUGGCGAUUCAGUAGAGGAAAAAUGGUGGAGUUACAUGUUGUCCUGUUGGAAGAUGUGCUUGUAUUAUUGACAAAAGUUGGCGACGGCCAGAAACUAUUAUUAAAAAUCCAGGAACCUUCAAAAGAUACAAGAUGGUCUCCGAUUCUUCCACUGGCACCGUUGAUAGCCAAAGAGAAGGCGAAUGAUAAACGUGCCUUCUUCAUUGUAAACACCAUGGAAAGAGGUGCACAAAUAUAUGAGCUGGUUGCUGCAACUGCGACCGAAAGGAAAACGUGGUUCAAAUUGAUUUCCGAUCAAAUUGAUCUGGUAAAACGUGAAAAGAACACUUUAGGACCACAGGCAACUGUUGAUCAUUUCGAUGUGUCGUCAACAGGAUCAGAGCAACGUCGCGAUACGAGUAGUGGAGAGGAGUCGUCGUCCCAUUUACAUCGUGUGCAGAUUUCCACUCAUCCACGUCUUGUAAAUGCUAACGAAAUCACCGUUCAGCAACCAACAAUUCUUCAGCAUGCACAACCUAUCCUUACGCCAACCGAACGUUUACGUCGAAACGAUGAAGUCAUUGUGAAAGCAUUGCUUGAUAAACAUACGAUACUAUCACAGUUCUUACCAACGCCUAAUAAGGGAAGUGUUGAAGAGGUGGAUACGUUGGCUGAGCAGUUGACAGGUAUGGCAGUCAGUGAUUUGAAGCAGCGUGAUGCGCGUGAGCUUGCAAUGAGUGCAAUUGUGCAAGGCAAUCGUCUUCUUGAUGCAAUUAAUCAAGGAAUGAGCUCCAAGAAGGAAGUGGAUGAAUCGAAUAGUGGUAAAGUGGUUCUGAAGUUGGAUAAGGUGGAACCAGAUGUACCGUCUGUGGCUUGUUACAAGCUCACCGCUAUUGCUGCACCGUUGAUGAACCAUCUGAAAGCAAUCAUGCAAGUCGUUCAAGAUCAACAGAACGAAAUCAGCGCUAUCAAACAACAACUCUAUCAUUAUAAGGAGCUUGCUGAAGGAGGCCCGGGCAAUCGAACGGUAAGUGAGGAAACGUUGACCGAAUUGAAUACAUGUGGUCGGAAGGCAUCAACGCCUUCAGAUGCAGAUGUUGAGAAACGGAAACGCCUGCAGACGAAACGGCAGCGUAACAGUGCGAUCGCUGUUUCACCAGCCUUUCUGCAUUCGCCUUCGCCGACAUCUAGCUGA